UUUCCUCGCGUUUUCCCUCCCUUUAUAACCACCACCACCAUCUCGUCUCCUUCCUCCCGCUCGCUUACUGCUCGACUCGUCGCCUUCCUCCUCGUGGCGAGCGAUCGAUGAGGACGGGGGAGGUGGCGGAGGCGGUGCCGAGGGUGGUGGCGAUCCUGUCGUCGCUGCUGCAGCGGGUGGCGGAGCGGAACGACGCGGCGGCGGCGGCGGCGGCGGUGGGGGAGGAGGCGGCGGCGGUGUCGGCGUUCCAGGGGCUGACGAAGCCGGCGAUAUCCAUCGGAGGGUACCUGGAGCGGAUCUUCCGGUUCGCCAACUGCAGCCCGUCGUGCUACGUCGUCGCCUACAUCUACCUCGACCGCUUCCUCCGCCGCCGCCCUGCCCUCGCCGUCGACUCCUUCAACGUCCACCGCCUCCUCAUCACAUCCGUCCUCACCGCCGUCAAGUUCGUCGACGACAUAUGCUACAACAAUGCCUACUUCGCGAGGGUGGGAGGCAUCAGCUUGAUGGAGAUGAAUUAUCUUGAGGUGGACUUCCUCUUUGGCAUCGCCUUCGACCUCAAUGUCACGCCGGCUGCCUUCGCCUCCUACUGCGCCGUGCUGCAGAGCGAGAUGACCUACCUGGAGCAGCCGCCCGCCGUCGAUCUCCCCAGGCUGCACUGCUGUCCGUCCGAUCAGGACGAUGCCGGCUGCCAUCACAAGCAGCAGCAGCAGCAGCAACAACAGCAGCAGCAUCAGCUCGCCGUCUGAAUGUUCAGGAGUUCAGAAUCAAUGAGAAGUUCAGAGCUCUUCUUUUUUGUCACUGGAUGUGGUGUCAAUUUGCCUUUCUUUUUUCUUUUCUUUAAUCUUUUUUUUACCGUGCUUGGUACAUAGGUGUUAGUUAAUUGUGGUUAGUGAAAGAAUUGAGCUUUGAUUAGAUAGGUGGAUCAUGGUUCAUGGAUGGGUCAGCUUCUUGGGAUAUUUUUUUCGCCAUUGUUCGUUCGAUGGAUGGAUGGAUCAUGGAUAGGUGGAUCAGCUUUGGGAUCUUGCCAUUGUUUAAGUGAUGCUAACUUGUGCGCAUGUGAGUCACAGCACAUUGCA